AUGGCUACAACAAAACCGCAGAAAGAUAAACCAUAUGUUUCAUCUCCGCGCCUGGCUCCGCGUCCAACUGCCGCGUCUACCGCACGAGCCGCGCGCAAUGCUACGAAUCGCAACCUUACCAUACCAGCUCAAAGACAGUCGCCUAUGCGGUCUCCGCCUUCUCCUACUUCUUCAAAGAUUAAAACAGCUGUUUCUCGUAAUGGACAGAGAUCUGAUUCUAAAACAGAUAUGAAGAUAAUUCCUGUGAAGCAAGAAGUAGAACCAACGGUUAAUUUUAAAGAAGACGAAAUUGACGUUGCAAAUAUUGACAAUCAGCAAGCUACAAACAAAAGUACUCAUGAUUUACAAAACAACUGUCCGGAUUUUGUUGUUACAGAAAAUAUUGAAGAAAUUACCGCUAGUGCUGUGUUAGACCCUACUAUCGAGCAAAAUUCAACACAACGUCCUCCUACUCCAAUCCAAGAUCAACCACAAACUCCUAAAAAUAUUUCGAGUCGACCUCAAACGCCACGAAUGCCAAGCCGGCCGAGUACACCUUUGCAGUCUGCACUGCGCCACUCAACUCCAGUUAGUCGUCCAAACACACCUCAGAAAAGUGCACAAUUAACUCGACCGAGAACACCUACAAUGCCCAUACGUUCAUUGUCUCGUCCUGUAACACCAGUAAUUUCACUUAAAGGCCCAACGCCUAAAAAAGACGAGAAUAACCUUAAAGCAUCAUAUUUUGAAAAGCAAAAGCAAUUUCAUCGCAUGAAAAGAGAACUUGAUUUGAAACAGCAAGCUAUAUUGGAAGUGUUUGAUGGUCUUCAAAAUCUGCGAGAACAAAUGUCACGUGAGGGAAUCAAUGCUGGAGGUGAAGGACAGGCGGAGUUAGUAGUCUUCAAUGUAGCGGACUGGGCUCCAAAUGAAGUGACGCAGCUUUGCCGUGAUGCAGUUGCGUCCUCCGCUACUGAUGGAGCUGUCGAACUUUUCAAUACAACCGUUCCCAUUGAUGAAUGUGCGCUUGCGGAAGUGGAUUCAAAAGUAAUAAAAAUUCCAGCGUGUUUUGCAGACUUGUGUCUUCAGGCAUUUACUGCUCGACAGGAAUUAAUAGAUUGGAUAAAGAAUUUGAUUGAGAAAAAUGAAAUUGUCGGCAAUGAGGCUGUGGAUAAAAUUGCGCAGUAUAACUCGCAGGGGCUCGAAAUGUGUGAAGCUCUACGGAAUCUUAAAACGCAUGCAGAUAACGCUAUAGAUGCCAUAACCUUGCUAACAAAGAGAGUAUGUAGAGAGCGAUCCACUUUAGUCGCAGUUGGAGAAACAUUAGUGAGAGAAGUAGCUCGGCUACGCCAAGACUUAGACGCUCGCGCUGCUAACUUAAGUGAACUGCGCGAAACACAAGCUGAUACCGAAAUCCCAAAGAUUUUGGAGGAAACGCGACGUGAAUUAGAAGAAGAACGAAGUGCAAAGUUGGCUUUGAAAGAAAAACUAGCAACGACAGAGUCCCAGCUAAGGCAAACCCGUAUGCGUGUUUCUAAAAUGGAUCGUCAGCUACGGGAGGCCGAAGCGAGCAUAGCUAGUCUUACUGGCACAGUGAAAUCUUUAGAAGAUCAGAGUCGACAGCGAGAAGUUCAAUUAGAAGCGAGAGCACGAAAGUUAAAGGAAUCUCUAAAAACAGGUGAAAUAACUAGUAGCAACUUAGCCCAACAGCGAGAUGCUCUUCAAGCAGAAGUAAACGAUUUGAAAGAACAAAUUCAAUCAAUGACUACUCAACACAAAUCAGAAAUACAAGAGUUCAACAGAAAAUUAAAAGAUAUGACGUCUGUAUUAGAAGAACAAAAACAAAUUUCACAAAGAGAAUCUGAACAAAAACAACAUCUAGAGACCAUACUCAGAGAGAGUCAAAGCGCUAUAGAAGAAUUAAAAGCUAAAAUCACUGAACUUGAAAAUAGCAAGCCGAAUCCAGAUUUACCCACAGAAAGAGAAAUGGACUUAUGGGCAGAAUUGCAAGCUACAAAAGAUACAUUGCGAUUCACGGAAGAAGAAAUGGCGACGUGUAAAAUGGAAAAAAUUAGCUUUUUGGAAUCUCUUACCAAAAUAGCGGAAUCGGAGAACAAAGUAGGAAUGCAGCAAAAGUUAACAUCUGAACUUUUAAAUAAAGAAGAAAUAAUUGGUAAAAUGCAAAUUCAAAUAAGAGAUCUGACCAAACAUAGCAGACUAUAUGAAAAAAAAGUUAAUCAAUAUGAACAAUACAUACGUGACUUGCAAGCACAUAAUCGAGCCUCAGCAAAGUGUCAGGAAACUCCCAAUGGUAACAGCUAUCAAGAUCUUCAAGAGGAGAUUAUGAACCUAAGGAUGAGUCUCUUAGAUGCUGUUCAUCGCAAUGAAGAGUUAUCAGAAAUUCUUUUACAAAAAGACCAGCAGCUUGAACAACAGGAUAAAACGUCACGUGCCCAGGCAAGGGUCAUUAAGGUUCGAGAGGAACUGAUAAAUAUGCUUAAGAAUAAAGAAACUGAACAGAGUCGCGAGCUAACUGAAUUACAGCAAGACCUUGAGCAUCGAAUGAACAUUGUAGAUGAAGUAAACAAACAAAUUGCUGCAAAAGCGGACGAGAUACAAGAGCUGUUUUCAACGCUAGAGAAUAAGCAGCAACAGAUCCACCGGUUGGAAAAAAUUGUUUUAGCUUUAGAAGAACAGCAGAGACGUGCGCAAGUCCAACGUACGCGCCAUGAAGAAAAGAUCGCAGCUCUCGAACAUGAACUUGCAGCUAGUGGCAAUCGACGUGAAAGAAAAUUCCUAUUCUUCUAA